UCGGAUCCAUAUACGGUUAACCUAACGCAAGAAUUCUGGGCUAUUAUUAACUUUAGCCUUAAAGAUAGCGAGACAGGCCUUAAGCACGGUAGCUACUCUUAUAUAGCUCCCGCCGUCAGUAUUGAUUUAGGUAUUAUCUACUCUUAUAUAAGUGCUAAUAUAAAGUACUGGCCCUUUAAGGUUAUUAAUAAGCCCACUAAGCCUAUUCUUGAGGUCGAGUUUAAGGGUAAGACUAAGCAGUUUACUCCCGAGAAAAUCUCCUCUAUAAUCCUCACUAAGAUACGUAAGACCGCUAAGACUUACCUCAGUGGCACUAUUAAUAACGCUAUUAUUACUAUCUUUACCUACUUUAAUAACUCCUAG